AUGGCGGACCACAGCACCCCAUCAUGUCCAUUUUGUCCAUUCACAGACCAAGAUGCUGACUUUGUCACUCAGCAUAUCGAAUUCUGUCAUCCAGAAUUUGGGGGCGCGGGCUUUUUGUCCGACAGCCCUCCUGUUGCGAGUCCGAGGUUGUCACCGUCUGUUGACGACGAUGCAGACAAGUAUGUUGACUGUCCACACGGGUGUGGGGAGACGGUGGCAAGUGCCGAACUAUCGAAUCACUUAGAUCUGCAUGUUGCAGAGUGUAUGGCACUGGAUGAUGCUGGGGCAACGCUGGCACACUCAACCGCGGGAGGUUCAUAUGAAGAUGACCAUUCAUUUGACGAGGAUGACUCAUUCGACAUGCUGGAUUCUCAUAAGGGGGGGAAGCGUGGGAUGCAGCGAGAUGUCUCGCGAGCAAAUACAGCAAAGCCACUACGGCCUCACGACCCUCCGAAGGCAAUUGGCCCUGAUGGUGCAAAGAGAUUAGGACGUUCAGAACUGGGUCCCCAUGCCCAUGAAAAGAAAAUGCCGUCGUGGCUGAGGAAAAUGUUGGAGAAAGGAGGCCGCACUUCAAAGCAGACCCAAAUUACUUCAGACGGUAAAUUGUCACGGCGCGAGACAGUGGAAAAUGAGACCGACAAUUUGAUUCCAAUCCUUGCUCGUUUAUGUGAACAAGACAAAUCUGUGAAGCGGGCCUUUUUUUGUAGCCCCAAGGUCCGCCAUAUCUGCAAGAUGUCUCGGGAAGGCGGGUUUUGUGGCUACCGGAACAUUCAGAUGCUCAUCUCUUAUUUGAGAAAGUCUCGAAGUUAUGGAUAUGAGCACUUUCCAGAAAAGGGCCCGACGAUCUUGGAUCUACAGGAUAUGAUUGAAUCUGCCUGGGAUAUGGGAUUCAACAGUGUUGGGAGAACGGAGACUGGGGGUAUCAAAGACACCCGCAAAUUUAUUGGAACGCCCGAGGCACAAGCAUUAUUCAUGAGUCUUGGGAUCCCGUCUGACGCCAGCAGUUUGUGUGAAACUAGUGACAUACGCGCCUGCGAUGCCCUCUACAUGGAUGUGGCAAGCUAUUUCAGGUCGGCAUGUUCACUAGAGGACGAAGAGACCAAGAUCUUCAAGACUGAUCUCCCUCCGAUAUACUUCCAACAUCAAGGUCAUUCCAUGACAAUUGUUGGGUUUGAGAUCCGAGACAAUGGCAGUGCCAAUCUGCUCGUUUUCGACCCGAUGUUCAAAACUUCCCCUGCCAUGGAGCGUAUGCUCGAAGCUUUUGUCAAACCAAAAGAUCCUACGCGCCUGCUCAAAGUCUAUCGCAGAGGCACGCCUUAUCUGCAAAAGUAUAAGAUAUUCGAGCUUCUCAAGUGA